AUGAGUCAAUUAGUGGGGACUUUGUCUCGCNGACAGCCCUUCACAUCCCAGACCGCGCCGACAGUGAUGGCCGACGAGAGCGCCACUAAUGCUGUUUCUGAAUCACAGCAUCGGAUCCAGGGAUUGACAACUGGUGGUAAUCCACUCGUCACUGAUAUCUCGCAACUGAUGUCACGACUAUUGAGCGGAAAGUUUGCGCCCAAAAGAGUACUGUUCGGUGCCUACGAGUGCUCGGUGUCCACCAUUGAGUUCACGGCAUUCAAAGACAUCAAGUUUUUUAACGUAAAACAAAACAACACAUCCGACGAGCGCUUCGAGACGAUCGUCAUAGAGAUGGCAGACAUCGAGACACUCCUCAUGUGUUUAGACAUUCCUCUCCAUCUGAGACCUCACGCCUCCAAUCAAUCGGUGUUUGACGUCAACUCGCGCUCAGAUGGGGAACGGUAUGUGAAAGUGGUGUUCGCUGACUAUCGGCAUCACAACUGGUGUUUUCUUAACAUUUUGAUGUAUAACCGGCGCUCAAAUACAUUAACCACUCAUAAUAUAUCCCCCGAAGAGGCGCUCAGACUAUUGACUUCGUCCCAGAGCUCGAUGUGA